AUGGUUAUAGUUAGUUUGGAAAUAAAGAACUUCAAAUCAUACAAGGGAUUGCAUUUGGUUGGUCCAUUCAAACAGUUCUCUUGUAUUAUAGGUCCCAAUGGCAGUGGCAAGUCCAAUCUGAUGGAGGCCAUCAUCUUUGUACUCGGUUACAAAUCAUCACAGAUAAGAGGCAACAAUCUAAAUGAACUCGUAUUCAAACAGAUCGUUACAAACAGUGUCGCUGAAGCAUUGGCAGAAGCUAGUUUAUCAGAGUGUGUCGCUGAAGCAUUGGCACAAGAUGGUUCACCAGAUUCAUCUCCACAACAACAUGUGGAGAAGAUGGAGUCAUUCGUAAAGAUGCAUUAUCAUCAUAAACCAACAGGCAAAGACUAUGUGUUUAUGAGAAAGAUUGAGUCAAAGGAGAAGGACUCAACAUCGCAUUACUACGUGGACGAUAAACAUUUGAAAUAUGAAGAGUACGAGUCAAAGUUGGCCGAGCUGGACGUGCACGUGGCCUGCAAGAACUUCUUUGUGUUCCAGGGCGAUGUGAUCAGUCUGGCAUCGCAGAACCCCAAGCAGAUCACGGCGCUGGUAGAGACCGUGUCAGGUUCGGGCGCGCUCAAGUCCGAGUACGACCGUCUGUUCCAAGAGAAGACGGCAGCUGAGGACGCCGUCAUGCUGACCUACUCCAAGAAGAAGGCGAUCAGUCAGGAGAAGCAACAGAUCAACGCACAGCUGGCAGAGGCACGAGAGUUUAGAGAGUACAUGUCAAAGCGCGAGGACCUGCGCGUCAAGUCUAUCCUGCUGACGCUGCGGUAUCGCCUGGGCCAGAUCACGCAGCUCUCUGACCAGCUGGGCUCCAAAGAGGUGGAGCUGACCACGCUGCGCAGGGAGGGCGAGCGCUUUGAAAACGAACAGAAGGCCUCCAGCAAGAAACAGGCCGAGACACACAAGGAGCUGCUGAAGCUCGAGGACGAGAUGGACUUGCUGAAGAGGUCGCGCGACAAGGGCCGUCCCAGCGCUCUCAAGGCCAGUGAGGAAGUCAAGCAGCUCAACGACAAGAUCAACAAGACGACACACUUUAUCGAGCGCGCCGAGAAGAACUUUGCCGCGCAGCAAGCGACCAUCGAGCAGCUGCGCAAAGACCUGGCGGAUCUUGAGCGCCAACAGACAGACGUGGAGAGCGCCGAGGUGGAGAAGUCGAUCGAGCUGGACAAGGACCAGAUCGAGCAGUACAACAAGAUCAAGCUACAGGCCGGCAAGGAGACAGCCGAUAUGCGACGCCAACUUGACCAGCUUACGCGCCAACAGAACGUCGAGACCGAGUCGCUGAUGACCCUGUCCUCCAAACUGGAGGACCUCAAGAAGAUGCGCGUGCAGUUUGAGCAGACCAACGAGAAGCUCAUCCAGAAGAGAGACAUCGCCGAGCAGCACGUCAAGGAGGCUGACGAGCGUCUGGUCGUGUUGCGCGACGCACUCAAUCAAAUGACCACCUCAAACGCACAGAUGUUGUCCAAGCAGAGUACACUCACCAGCGAGCUGGACCGCAUCCAGUUCAUUCUUUCCGAGCACAAGACCGAGCAGACCGAGAAGGAGAGGGACCGUCGUCUCAACUCUGUGAUCAGCACGCUAAAGAACCUAUAUCCAGAUGUGCGUGGCAAGGUGUCUGACAUGUGUGAGCAGACCCAGCGCAAGUACUCGACGGCGUUGGCCGUCGCCAUGGGCAAGCUGCAGGACGCCAUCAUUGUGGACACUCAAAAGACGGCCUACGCCUGCGUUGAGUACAUGAAGGAGCAACUGUACGGCACGGCCACCUUCCUCCCACUCGACCGUCUGAACCCCAAGGCACUGAAUCCCAAGCUGCGCACACUGGGCGGAACGUCCAAGUUGUUGAUCGAUUGCCUCAAGUUUGACAAGGUUAUCGAGCCCGCGAUCAGAUACGUCGUUGGCAACACCUUGGUCUGCGACUCGUUGCCCGAGGCCAAGAAGCUGGCAUUUGGCGACGCCAACAAUCGCCAAAAGGUCGUCACAAUCCAGGGCAUCAAAAUCACCAAGACCGGUCUGAUGAGUGGUGGACUGAUGGGCGUCAAGUCCAAGACCAAGUUUGACGCGAGCCGACUCGACGACCUCAAGAAGCAGCGCGACGCCAUUAUCCAGGAGCUGUCGGGAAUGGAGGCCAAGCAGGUGAGCAUGUCGGACAUCCAACAAAUGAACAACCAGAUCAAUGAGCUGAGGCUCUCGGCCAGCACCAACAGCAUCACACUGGUGCCCAUCCGCGAUCGUAUCGCCAAGAACACCGCCGAGGUUGCGUUGAUCGACAAGGAGCAGGCGCCCAUCACGCCAGAGAUCCAACGCAUCACAGAGUCGAUCGCCGAGCGUCGAGUCACAAUCGAUUCGCUGCAGAAUGACAUUAGCGCCGUGGAGGAGGACAUGUUCCAGGAGUUUAGUCAAUCACUGGGCAUCAAGAGCAUUAGAGAGUUUGAAGAGGAUCGACUCAAGAAGAUACAACAGCAGUCAAGCGAGAGGAUGGCACUGUCCCACAAGAUUGACAGAGUCAGGAAUCAGAUGGAGUACGAGAGUAGCAGGAACCUGGAGAGUGAGAUCAACACACUUCGAUCAGAGUUGGAGGCCAAUCAAGAGGCACUAGAUAGAGAAGUUGGCUUGCAAAAGGGAUGCGUUGAGCAAGACAAUGAGAUUGAACAAAAGUUGGAGGAUGUUGGUGACAAGAUAAAGAAGCACAAAGAGACAUUGUUCACAAUGAACACGGCGAUUAAAGAUGCCAAGAAGAAGGUGUCGGAGAAUGGAUUCAAGAGAGCACAAAUGGAGAAUCAGAUAUUGAUUGGAUUGAAUGAUUUGGCAAAGAUCAAGAAGGACUUCCACAACACAUUGUUGGAGGCAAAGACUGAGAACAUGAGGAUACCACUUAGAGGUGAGGACGAGGAGAUGGCAGAGCCAGAGGAGUCGGAGAAGGGCGUGCCUGGUUCACAAAAGAAGACACCAUCUUCUGGAAAGACUGGCAAGAGGACUGGUGGCAAGGAUGAGAGGAAGAAGAAGUCGUCGUCAUCGAGAAAAAGGAAGACCAGGGACGAAGGCGACAAGUCUGCUGGUGAAGGCGAGGGAGAGGAAGAGAGCGAGGCAGGCAAGACAGACGACGACAUCUUUCACGACUCGGACGAAGAGGAGCUUGACUCGGACGAAGAGAAGGACGAGGCUGAGGAGGAAAACCCAUUCCUGGACUUGGUAGAGAUGGCCAGCGAAGAGAUGACCGAAGCUGAGCUGGACGCGCUCUACGAAGCUCACAUCAGCAUUCCCUUUGACUUUAAGCUCAUUGCAGCCGUGUCGGUCACGUCGGAGGACAGACUGCAGCACCAGCUGAAGGAGUACUCACACGACCUGCACAAGAUCAAGACCGCCAUGGAGACGUACAACCCCAACCUCAAGGCCUACGAGCACUUCCGAACAAUCUCAACCAAGCUGCGAGAGACCAUCAAGGAGCUGGACGAGCGACGAAACGCCGCCCGUGAGGUGGGCCAGAAGUUUGCCCAAGUGAGGAAGGAGAGGACGCACCUCUUCAACCGCGCCUUUGAUAGCAUAUCAAAGAAGAUCAACAAGAUCUACGGUGACCUGACACGCGAUCUCUAUCCCCCCUACCUGCGAGGCUCGGCCGAUCUGGCCGUCGAGGACACGUCCUACCCAUUCAACGGAGGCAUCAAGUACACGGCCAUCCCUCCCAACAAGCGUUUCCAAGAGAUGGAGAUGUUGUCUGGAGGCGAGAAGUCGAUCGCCGCGCUGGCACUCCUCUUUGCCGUUCAUCAGUACAAGCCAACGCCAUUCUUUGUGCUGGACGAGGUGGACGCAGCGUUUGACAACAUCAACGUGCUCAAACUGGUGCGCUACGUACGAAGCAAGGCCGCCAAGAAGAAGACGCAGUUUGUCGUCAUCUCGCUCAAGGAGAUCUUCUUCCAGAACAGUGACGCUCUGGUUGGUGUGUGUCGCGAGCUCGACUCAACGUCCAAGGUGCUCACCUGUAGUCUGGAGCAUCUGCCCAUCAAGGAAGUGGAGCUACUGUCACUGGACGAACAGAGGAAGGUGGACAAGCGUGUCCUCUCUGUCAGGAAGCAGAGGCGUGAGGGUAUGAUUCCAGAGUACAACCUGACCAGUGCCACUGAGACCAGUGCCAGCGAGAGCGAGGUGAACACCGACUAG